CUAAAAUCUCCACCAAAAUCAAAAACUCAUAAAAUCAAAAACAAAAAACCAAAAGCCACAAUCCAAAAUCCAAAAACCCACCAAAAUCAACAAAACAUUCAUGGCCUAAUUUGGCAGUCAAAACAGAAUUUGACCUUGAAGACGACUCUUGCAGACUUCUCCGGCGAUUCUCCCGCCGUGAAACUCUUAUCGGCGGCUAUCUUUCUCCGUUUCGUUCCCGACGGUCGAGUUUGUACUGGCAUUUACUUUACUUGUUCGAAGCGACUUCCAAUUUUCACCUAAUCAAACGCGACUCUCAACGGUUCGAGAAUGGGUUGUAUCGGAUCUUCUCAGGCCAGAAAUGAAGGCGGAGCAAAAAGGAAGAAAAUCAUGAAACCUAAACCGUGGGCACAUACUGAGCCAAUCACAAGGGCACAACUUACGAACAUGCGUGAGGAAUUUUGGGACACCUCUCCACACUAUGGUGGUCAAAGAGAGAUAUGGGAAGCACUUCGAGCUGCUGCUGAAGCUGACUUGAAACUAGCACAAACUAUUGUUGACAGUGCAGGCGUGAUUGUUCAGAACCGUGACCUAACAUUGUGCUGGGAUGAAAGAGGUGCUAGAUAUGAGCUUCCUAGGUACGUUCUAAGUGAGCCCACGAAUCUGAUUCGAGAGGAAGGACAGUAACUUCCAAGAACAUUGACACAAUACUUAGUAAGUAGUAGAAGAGGACUAGAAGUUGAAGUAAGUCUCUCAUAUUCAAUACUUUUUGCAAUUGAUAGUGAAUAGAAACACGGUAUAUUAGUAGGAGACACUCUCUGUAUAGUUACUGGAAUCUAAAGUGAGAGAUGGUGGUUGAGGUACAAAUGUACAGAGCCAAGAGUUGUGAACUUUUGUGGUCAAAAUGAUCUUAUGAAGUCUUUUUGACAACCAGGGGCGGAUCUACGUUGUGGGUAGGUAGGGCACGUGCCCUACACAAGGUUUAUAAAGUUUAUCUUGGAAUACAACUGAUAUAUUUGAAGCUAGCGUUAGUGGUUGUGUCCCCACACUCUUUCAAUCCGUGCUUGGGUUCGAGUCUAGGUAGCAGAUACCUUUUUUUUUUUAACAUUGUCUUUUUCUUCUA